AUGGAUUCCAUAGCAUUGGACAAUUCUCAACAAAGCGAACAUGACUCACCACCGUCAUCUGGGCCGUUGGAAUGCGGGUCGUUCGUGUCCAUAGAUACAAAUUUUUUUGUCGUUGAAGAUGCUCAGUUUUCAUGCUUAGCCACUAUCUUUUACGAAUUUUGUGCCCCUCGCUUUUCUAUGCAUUGCUUUUGUAGUGCCGACAAUCUACUCGCCCAUCCUUCAACACUGACUGAUGAACAUAUGGACGAUAUUAAAAUGGAACGUGACGAUGUCAGAGGAGAAGAGUCUGUAUCUACAACCAUUCGAUCUCCUCAUAGCUCCACAUCGGAAAGCUUGUCAAAUCAACGUGAGCAGACGAUGAUUUCACCACCGGCAAUGGCAAAUCUUAAUGUGCCGAACUCAUUAGAGAAUAAUAUUUUUACUGCUGGAGAUGAUUCCAAGCCGGAUACACCAGUACUGGAACCUGUACCCGAAGGAGGAGUGUUGCAAGUACGCCUUUUUGUUUUUUGCCUUUUCCCGCCUUUUUUUCUCGGCUUUGUGGCAAUUUUGUUCCUUUGUUAUGAUUUUGUUGAUUUUAUGGUGAUGAGUUUUGCUUUUCCUUGGUUUUCGCCAAAUUCCUAUGUUGUGCAUGUGUGAUU